AUGGCGGUCAAAAUCCCGCGCGGGCUCGGCUCGGCGAGCAAACAAAAGGGAGGCUCAGAGAAAGCCAAAGCCACGGACGCCGACGGCUUCGACGCCGCCAGCGGCAUCUCGCGAGACGCGAAAUCGAAACGCACGGACGCGGCGAACGACGUCCGCGCGCUGCACGCGGUCAACGUCGCCAUCAAGGCGAACACCGCGAUAUUCGCGUGUAAGCUGGGCGCGUACGCCGUCACGGGGUCAUCCGCGAUGCUCGCCGAGGCGGUGCACUCCGUCGCGGACGUCGUGAACCAGGGACUGCUUCACGUCGGGAUAAACAGCAGCACGAGGGCGCCGGACGCGAAGUAUAACUACGGGUACAGAAGAGAGCGGUUCGUGUGGUCGCUCAUAAGCGCGGUGGGCGUGUUCUUCAUGGGCAGCGGCGUCAGCGUCGCGCACGGGGUGCACAGCGCGUGGAACCCGAUGGAAUUGGAGCACAUCUGGAUCGGCCUCGGCGUUUUGGGCGCGUCGGCGGCGAUAGACUCGUACUCUCUCCUCGUCGCCUACCGCGCGCUCGUGGACAACGCCGCGGCGAAAGAGAUGACGCUCAGGGAGUUCGUGGAGAGCGGGCACGACCCGACGUCCGUCGCCGUCGUCGCGGAGGACUUGGCCGCGGUGAGCGGGUGCGCCAUCGCCGCGGGAGCGCUCUUCGCGACGCAGGUCACCGGGAACGCCAUCUUCGACGCGGCGGGCUCAGGCGCGUUCGUAUUUACACUGGUCCCCAUACGACCGCUCGCCGUCGGCGGGCUCCUCGGCCUCACCGCGACGUACCUCAUAAACGCGAACCGCAUGCUGCUGUUGGGGCGGAGCCUGGGGAGCGAGAAGAUGGACCGGAUCCAGCGCGAGAUCCGCGCGGACCCGGUCGUGGAGGAGGUGUACCGCGCCAAGUCGGAGGAACUCGGACCCGGGACGUUUCGAUUCGUCGCCGAGAUUGAAUUCUCCGGGACCAAGGCGCGUUCUAGGUAUCUCGACCAGGGCGACGGCGCGAAGCGCGAGCAGCUGCACGGGAUGUUCAGGGCGGCGGCGGCGCGAGAGGAGCCCGUGGAUUUGGACGCGGCGUUGAAGAUGUACGGGGAGGAGGUCGUCACGGCGGUCGGGGACGAGGUGGAUCGCAUAGAGAAAGCCAUCGUCCGCGUGGAGCCGAGCAUCCAUUACGUCGACUUGGAGACGAACUGA